AUGUAUUCAACAAUGGGGUUAAUUAAAUUGAACAGUUUUAACACUCUUACCCAAAAUACAGCUUCAUCUAAAACUAAUCUUUCUACUUGCUUACUCAAUAUAGUAUCCACAGUUUCACAAACUGCUAAAGCUUUAAGGGCAUAUUUGGUAUCAAGCAGACUUUUCAAGCUGUGGGUAAUUGAUCCCCAUCGAGUUUUGACGGGUAACUUUAGCGAUAUUGGUACAGAUGUCCCCUUUGUUUCAGUCUGGAUCUUUUUGAAAGUGGCUAGUGAAAGAUGA